AUGCCAGAGGCCGAGGGCUGGGGAAAGCAGCAACUGGCAGCAGACACUACAAUGUUCCGAAGGGCAGCAGAUGAGCUUCGUCACCCCAGGUGUGUGUCCCAGGGCAAUAUCUUCGCGGUUCGGAGUGAUGGAGUGAACCGAAGGGUUUCUGUUCUGGGAGCAAGCAGCAAUUCCCAUGAAGUCCUCCCAGAAGCCGACUGCUUUCUGGAGAGCAGUGAGGGUGCCAACACUCAUCCUGGGGAGGGGCUGCCCCUGCUAGCCGGGCUGGAGAGGCUCCUGGCAGCUACUCGGGCGGGCGCAGGCCGAGCAGGGGCGGGCUCGGAGGAGGCGCGGGACGGGAACCGGGCAGCUGCAGCUGCGAUUGCAAUCGCCCUGGUGCCGCUCAGCGGGGUGCGUCCUUGGCCCUGUUCAGGUAUGAAGCGGCCACUGAGCCCACCCCCCUCAGAAUCAUUGAAGCCUAAGCGGGAAAGGAAACGACCCUCCUACACGCUCUGCGAUGUCUGCAACAUCCAGCUGAACUCUGCAGCCCAGGCCCAGGUGCAUUGUGGGGGACGCGCCCAUCAGCGAAGGCUUCGACAGCUCAGCCUGGGCAAGACCUCCACGGGGCCAGCAGGCCCGGCCUCCGGCGCUCCCAGCCCCUUGUUGGCCUCCCUGACUUUGCCCACCCGUCCUCUGCAACCCCCGCUGGACCUGAAGCAUCUGCUCGCCUUCCACCUCAAUGGCACCACCCCACUCAGUCUCUUCCCCAACUUCAGCACGAUGGACCCAGUCCAGAAAGCUGUCAUCAGCCACACAUUUGGGGUUCCCUCCCCUCUGAAGAAGAAGCUGUUCAUCUCCUGUAACAUCUGUCAUCUGCGGUUCAACUCAGCGAACCAGGCUGAAGCUCAUUACAAGGGCCACAGACACGCCAGAAAACUCAAGGCUGUGGAAGCUGCCAAGAGCAAGCAGAGGCCUCGAAACCCGACCGCAAAUGGCACGGUGGUGUCUUCAGCCUCACCUCCAGCCAGUGGAAGCCCCGGAACCCCUCAGAGCAAAGAUCCCGCAUCCCCUCCUCUCGGCCCUUCACUUCAGCUACUGCAGACCCCGGACCCAUCAGCCGGAGACCCCGCCCACUCGGAACUUUCUGAUGCUGCUGCUUCCUCUUCCUCCUCUUCCUGCCCACCCUGCUCCCCGGAUCCCAGCAGGGAAGCACCAGGGCCUGAGCCAGCAGAAGAGGCUGUGGGAGGUGGAGUGAGUGGGGACGGCAGGGGCGAGAAGGGACGCCUCUACUGCCCUACCUGUAAAGUGACAGUGAACUCUGCCUCUCAGCUUCAGGCUCACAACACAGGAGCUAAGCACAGAUGGAUGGUGGAAGGUCAUCAAGGGGCUCCCCGAAGGGGCCGUGGCCGUCCUGUGUCCCGAGGAGGGACUGGACACAAGACCAAGAGAGUGAUAGGAAAUCGUGGGGGCCGGCAGGGAUCCAGCCCUCCUUUCCAUUGUGCCCUCUGUCAGCUCCAUGUCAAUUCAGAGACCCAGCUCAAGCAGCACAUGAGCAGCCGGAGGCACAAAGACCGGCUGGCUGGGAAGCCCCCCAAGUCCUCCAGCCAGCAUAGCAAGCUGCAGAAGCACACGGCACUGGCCAUGAGUGUUCUCAAGUCUAAAUUGGCCUUGCAGAAGCAACUCACCAAGACGCUGGCAGCCCGCUUCCUGCCUGGUCCGCUGCCCACCACAGCUGCUGCCAUCUGUGCCCUGCCAGGGCCCCUGACCCUCCGGCCUGCCGCAACAGCAGCUGCUACCCUCUUCCCAGCUCCCGUCCUGGGCCCAGCUCUGUUUCGUUCUCCAGCAGGAGCUGUCCGCCCUGCUGCAGGACCCAUCCUUUUUGCUCCCUAUUAGCGGACUCGGAAUGGCCACAUCCUAUCUCUUCCAGCCAGACACUUGUCUCCACAUCCCAGAGAGACUGCCUUUUGCAGUUUCCGGGUUCCCACCCAACCUGGGUAGCUGCUCUUCACGCAGACUGGGGUCUUCCAGUCCCUUGGCUCUGAGGACCACCAUUACCCUCCUUUCCUGGGCCAGCCCUAGGCUGCCCUACAUCUAUGAUUUAACAAAUCCCAAAGAUCUAUGCAAAAACCACAGCCCCAGUCUCAUGGUGCUCUCAUACCCAGACCCCAACUAGAGACGUACACAGAGCUGACAGCAUUUUAGCUCCCAAGAGCCAGCCUCUCCUGCCAUGUUCUAGAGCCAUCUGGACAAUCACAAGAGACAAGGAUCUCAAACUGAAGUGGGCUUGGGACCUAUCAGGCAUAUUUACCAUGGGGUAGCCAGGUAUGGUGGUGCAUUCCUGUAAUCCUAGGACCUGGAUUACGAGUUCAAAGUCAGUUUGGGCCAUAUAGCUAGACGCUGUCUCAAACACCAAAACAACCACAAGUUGACUACAGGGUAUG